UACUGCAGUUAGUCGAAAAAAGUACUUCAAUGACAUUUCGUAUAAAGUGUCAAGAAAGCACAAAAACUGGAUGGAAAAAAAAAAGAUCACUCUUCGUCAGUAUUUUUCUUAUUUUUUUUUAAGAUUUAUAAAAAAUGAGAAUUUACGAAAAAUACCUCAUGUAAUGGACGGAUUAAACGUCAAAAGCAGAAAAAUCACGUUUGAUUUAUUGAAAAAUUUCAACUCAUCCGAAAAAUGUACCCUCGAAUUGGAAGGAAUCACCGAAAAUAUUCGUACAUCAUCUGAAAAUGUAUUAGCAGACGGAAUAAACCUGACGCAAAAAUGCAACUUACCGCUGUUGGUACCAGCAAGGUUGAGACAAACGGAUUCUACUAGAGGGAUACAAAUGAGAACGCCGAUAGUAAUCAACGAUAAAAUGCGAUUCGUUUUCCCGGAGGAAGACGACAUUUUCUAUAAAGAUGAAAAGACGGAAUUUCUGGUACCAAUCGUACCACUGAUCCUCAUCAAUGGAGCGAAUUCGAUUGGAAAAUGGUUUCGAACCAAAAUCUCGUCAUAUAAUCCUAAAAGAAUAACAGAAGAAUUGCUGUCGAUGGUAAAAAAGGAAGAGGAGAAGGCCGCAGGAAAAGCAGUAGAAAGUCGAGGAGGUAAAUCAGAUCGUACAAAAACAUUGACACCUCACUUCGAAAAUUUCAACGGAGAAGUUGUAUUUAAAAAUGACGUCUAUUGGACUAUCGGUAAAAUCGACAAAGUAAACAGCAAUGUAUUUGUGAUAAAGGAUCUACCAAUUGGUUGGUCGGUCGAUUUUUACCUUGACAAUCAUCUACGUCCAUUAUUGAACGAAAGAAAAAAUGGUCAACCAGCGUUGAUAAAAUCAAUUCAGAAUUCCUCCACCGAGAAUAGCGUAUCUAUAAAAAUUGUCCUCACCGAAGAUGCCAAAAAAAGUUUACACAGUACAAGCGAAACGUUGAAAGAUGUACUCUCAAUUCGAGACAAACUUGAAACAAAACCCAUGGUGGCGUGGAACUGCGAAAACAAACCAAAAAUUAAACAAUAUAAUUCCCCCGAAGAAAUCAUGGAAGAAUUUUUCAAAAAAAUACUCGUAAUAUACAAGACCAACUUGGAAAAACGGAAAAACAAAUUCGAAGAAAAUCUUGAUAAGUUAAAAGCAAAGUUGAGCGAUUACGAAACCUACAAAAUGAAACUCGAGACAGACCUUACGAAAACCCUCGGCGAUAAAGAUACAGACGAGGUUUUCAAAAUGCUCGACAUGAAUACGGAAUUUUUUAAAGAUGAAAAAAGUAUAAAAACACAAAUUGAAGAAACCGAAAAAGAAUUACAAGAGCUGAAAAACAGAAACCAUCUUCAGAUGUAUAGGAAUGAUCUUACGAAUCUGUUGAAUGAACUAAAUAAACCGGAAGAAGACGGUGAUGAAGACGACGAUGAAGCCGAUGAUGACGAAAUCGAAGGAGUAGUCGAAGACGAGGAGUCGGACGAAGAGAAAGUCUACAGCAAUGGCGAAGAACAAGAAGAAGAAGAAUAUGACGCACUAGAAGAGCGAUACAAAGCUACCACCAAUCACGUAGAAAAUCCGUAUGUUCGCGCAAGUACAUCGCCCCCAAGGCAUAUAGAAGAUUCCAUAAUAUAUCUAAGACAUCAACGUGACAGCGCGCUUUUUCUAGCUGACGGAAAUUCAAUUCCCAGCGAGCAGCCUCCCACGGCGCCUCUCAGCGAGGAACCUACCACGGCGCCUACCGUUGUCAGUGUCAGAAUCCAACCUUACAGGGAAGCAAAAAAUAAAAAAGAAAAGGUUCAGCCGUAAUUCGGCUGGUUGUCUUGCCAACAUGGAAUUUUUAUUUUUUAUUCGGAGAUUCUGAUGAAAUUUUCUUGUGGUUAUCAAUUUGAAGUUCUUUUUUUUUGUUGUUAAUUUUCGUUUCUAUUGGU